UUUUUUUUUUUUUUUUUUUUUUUGAAUUUUUGAAAUCUGUAAAUCACAGAUGUUAGUCAAAACAAAGUUUAUGCACAGUAUCAAAGUCAAAAGUAUCAUCUAAUUUGGAACGGAUGAAGUAUAUUAAAAAGAGGACGAUACUAAGCCAACACCUCCUUCGAUUCAAUUCAAUUUAAAAUUGCUAGUUAAAUUCAUUAGGAAAAAGAUGAGGGAGUCCCUACCGUGAAAGUCUCCCUAAGACCCUAAUGGGUUUGAACUCGUGAUCUUGAAGUCAUGAGGUUGAGCCUUGCUUAGUGCCCGAACUCCGAAGUGGGGAUAUGGGUUUUCUCUAGUCGAUUGCUUAGGUUGAUACAGUGAAGUUAUAGUUUUUGGCAAUUCUCAGUAAAUAUCAAGAUUAGGAGUGUUCAUAAUAUUCAGAUAAGCAAAAAUAUCUAGAUUAUACUGAGAAUGUUUUAGAUUUUAUAUUUAUUCUAGAAUGUUUUUGACAUGGAUGACCCCACAUAUAUAAUAUUUCCCAGCAACUUCGUGAGCUUACUAAGUCAAUAAUGACUUAGAAAACUGUCAAUGUUCUAACACACUAAGAUACUGCUGAUUGCUGAACUCUGUUGAUCAGCACACUAGUUGCAGUUGUCUAUCUAUCUGGGAACUUCGUCGUCCUCCAUGAUUUUAGACCGGGAGUUGAAGGAAGCAGCUAGUAGAGGUGAUGUGAAGUUCCUUAGAAAAUUUAUAUCAGCUAAACCCACCCACUUCAUCCUCGCCUCUGAUCAUAACGGUAAUAACAUCUUCCAUUACGCCACUCGUGGCAUUAUGAGUACACCAUACAUCAGAGAAGCAAUUCAGAUACUGUCGACUCGAGAGUUGCAUAUCCUCCUCUCGCAACAAGAAAGCUAUAGGAAGUGGAACCCUCUUCAUUUAGCAGCAAUAUGGGGCAAUUUUGAGUUGCUCCAGCUAAUGCUUAGCGUUUAUAAAAAACCUUCAUUGUCGUUGUCAUCAUCUGGUCUUCAUCAUGUUGUGGUACAAUAUCCUCCUGGUGGAAAACCAUGGUUAGCGCGCGCUAAAAAUGGGAGAACUCCGUUGCACGUGUUCCUUGAAUUUAAUGAAGAGAAAUGUGGAUUAGAGAUAUUGUUAAUGGAUUUGAAAUUGCUGUGUAGUAUAGUUGAUAAUUAUGGGAACAGUCCCCUCUUCCUCGCGAUAUCAUAUGGGUUCAACAAUGUCGCUCUGAAUAUCUUGAGAUCUGACUGCUGUUAUAGUCUUAGCGGCCGCCAUGGUUUCAACCCCUUCCAUGUUGCUUCUAAAUGCUCAGAAGAAGUCUGGAGGUUGCUAUACAAGCACCCUGAACUCCUACUCCUAGUUGGUGAAGACGGGACCUCAGUGCUCCAUGAGUGGGCGAAAGAAGGCAAACUGCGGCUGCUCCUGUUGCUGCAACAGGUUGACACUAGUACUCUUGAGAAACUGAGCUUGUUAAGAAACGUUGAUGGUGAUAUCCCUCCGCUUGUUGCGGUUAAACAUGAUAACGAAGAGUUUGCAUUAUGUCUCGUGGACAAAUGUAAGGCUUCAGAUGCCACACUAUGGCGAUAUGAGAAUAGAUAUGAAGUUACAGCUCUUGAUUUGGCACUGGAUAAGGGUUGGGAAAAUCUAGUAUUACAUUUCAUUUCCAAGGAUUCUUGGACUUACAAAGAGCCUAUCAGUCGAUGGCAGAGGCGGCUCUUAUUAGCUGCUGAAAAGCAAAUGGGUGAAGUUGUGAACAAGAUUUGCAACGCUGCUUUAGAGUUGAUUGGUGAUGAAAACUUUUCGCAGUUUAGUACUUCUACUGAAAAUUAUGAUGGCCUGACUGUCUUCUACAUCGUGUCCCAUUGCACAGAAGAAAUUUGGAGGUUGUUGUACGGGAAACAUCCAGACAUUGUUCGUGUUACUGGUGAGAAUGGAACCUCAAUGCUCCAUGAGUGGGCAAAAAGAGGUGAAUUGUGGCCGAUUCUGUUGCUGGAAGAGGUUGACAUUGAUUCUCUCCACCAAUUAAGCUGUUUAGCAAACGAUGAUGGUGAUAUUCCUCUACAUAUUGCAAUAGAACAUGAUAACGAAGAGUUUGCAUUGAGCCUGCUGGAAAAAUGUACAAUCCGAGAUUCUCCACAAUGGCGAUAUGAGAAUAAAGAUGGAAUUAUACCUCUUGACUUGGCACUGUAUCAGAAUUUAGAAAAUCUAGUGUUGCAUAUCAUAUCAAGGGAUUCUUGGAUAUGUAAUCUGCGUAGCAGUAGAGGUGAAAGCCGACUCUUCAUCUCCAUUGAAAAAGGAAUGGAUCGAGUUGUGCAAAAGAUUUGUGAUUAUGUUGCUGCAGACUCUACACAGUUAAAUACCGUUCCCACUGAAAACCAUGAUGGCCGGACAAUCAUGUAUGUCCUGUCUAAUUGCACAGAAGUAACUGCAAAGUUGUUGUUGAAGACAUUUCCACAGCUGAUGUACAAACCCGACCAAAAUGGCAAAAGGCCUAUUGACAUAGCAUCAGAAUUUGGUGCUGGAUGGCUUACCAAAUUGUUGAUUACAAAAGAACCUUCAUCAAUCGCAAUUUCUCCCAAUGUUUGGAUAGAACUAUGCAGGAGAGGCCACUAAGAAGCUAUUGAAGCCUUUAUAAUGCAUUACGAUGAUUUUAGGCAGCUCUGUAUAGAACAAGAAGACUCGCCCUUGCACCACAUCAAGCUGACCACUUACCAAGAGUAUGAGGAAUUUCUAGCAAUCCCAUUGCUUUGGGAGAUGAAAAAUAGACGUGAUUAUGAUGGCAAAACACCUUUGCAUUAAGACGUGAAGAUAUACUAUUUGCAGAAUUACUACUCCAUAAAGGUGUUAAUCGCAGCAUUAGAGACAUAAGGAAUAAAACUGCCACGAAAUUGCUGGCAGAGCUAUGCGACCAAUAUUACGAAUGGGAAGAGAUGGCUCAACGUGUGGGAAUCAAUCCUCGGCUUAGAAAUUUGGGGUCGUCAGCAGGAGAGAUGAGAACCACAUUGUCUGUUGUGGCAGCCCUUCUAGAAACCCUUACACUUGCAGCAGCAUUUACUGUCCCCGGAGGCUUUGACCAAAGAACAGGAGAAAUCAUCUUAGUAAGGAAGGUAUCGUUUUCAGUGUUCAUACUCGCAGACACAUAUGCAAUGUGUUGUGCCAUGUUCGUAUUGUUCUGCCUCAUAUGGUCUAUGGUUUGUGAUCAAGAUGAAUCCCAACUACUAAUUGAUCGAAGUGUGCUAGUACUCAUCCAGUCUUUUUAUGGCACAUUGGUGGCGUUUAUGACUGGAGUCUACACUGUCGUGCACCACAAAUCCUUGUGGGCUGCUAUUCUUAUCUGUGUCAUGUGCUCGCUCGUAGGAAUUUCAACUAACAGGAGUAUUUUGUUCAGAGUUUUAGAUAAGUUGGACAGAAAAGAUGAAGCACGAUCAAAGAACAAGGCAGGUUUUCCAUUGAAACUUACCUAGUAUUCAAUGAUUUUGAGUCUCUUUAAGGAAUCGGGUUUUAAUACAAUUUUAUUUCACUAUAGGAAUACAUAGUCGAGGGUUUCAUGUGGUUAAGUUUGAGAUUCAACUUAGUAAAUUAAAAGUGUGACAUUACUGUAUAAUGGCGUGAAUAAAAAUGUGGCCUGUUAUUUAAGAUUCGUGAAGAGUUACUUUCUGUCUUAGACAUUGAAUCAGAGUAAGUGUGAUUUUGAAUUAAUAUACUUUUUUGAAUGCACUUAUUCAGAUUUGGGAACAAAAGGAGGUCAAGCUCACAAGACGAAAAGGAAUUUUCUUUACAAGGGGAACCGUUAGGGCAGAGAACUCAACCAGAGGCGACCCUCUUGAAAAUGUGUAAAUCGUUAGGAUUAUAUAUGAAUCCUACCAUUUAGGUAAGAUAGUUGUUUCCUUUUGCACAUUGUGUAGUGUUAUUAGGUUUAUUUUCCUAAAGCUUGCCCUUCAAGCUUGUUGCUGACUUGCUGUAUACUUGGUAUAUUGUAAAUGUUUCUACUGAAUUUAUUUUACAAGGUCAAUCAUUAU